AUGUCGACCGCGGCGGCGUUUCCCCACUACACGCCGCCACCGCCGGCUGGCGGCUCCAUGUUCCCAGACGACGAGCCGUUGGACCUUCAGGUCCCCCGGGCGCCGAAGGCCGAGGCGACCAAUAAUGGCGGCGGCGGCGCUCUGGUCCUCUCCACGCAGUGCGAGUUCCCGGCGCUCGGGAGGAGCGCGUCGCGGGACAAGUUCUCGGUGCUGGUGCACGCCAGGGCGCCAGCCGACGUGGCGCGCGCGCCGCUCGACCUCGUCACCGUGCUCGACGUCAGCGGCAGCAUGGAGGGCAAGAAGCUGGAGCUCCUGAAGCAGGCCAUGUGCUUCGUCAUCGACCAACUGGGCCGCGCCGAACGCCUCUCCGUGGUGACCUUCACGGGCUACGCGGUCCGCUGGAUCCGUCUGUCACGCAUGACGGACGCCGGGAAGGCCUCGGCGAAGCUCGCCGUGCUGUCCCUUGUCCCCGAGUGGGCGGGCACCAACAUCGGCGAGGGCCUCCGCGUGGGCGCCGAGGACACGUUCCUCGGCACCUAUUUACCCAAUGGCGCCAAGAGGUACAUGGACCUCGUGCCGCCGGCGUUCGCGAACUCCGCCAGCCGGCCCGGACCGAUCCACACGUUCGGGUUCGGCGCCAAGCACGACGCGGCCGCCUUGCACACCAUCGCGGAGGCGACGGGAGGCACCUUCUCGUUCGUCGAGAGCCACGCGGCGAUCCAGGACUCGUUCGCGCAGUGCAUCGGCGGCCUCCUCUCGGUCGCCGUGCAGCAGGCGCGCAUCGCCGUCACGUGCCUGCACCGGGGCGUGCGCGUCCAGGAGGUCAAGUCGGGAAGCUACGGCAACAGUGUCGGCGCCGACGGCCGCGCCGCCUCCAUCGACGUCGGCGAGCUCUACGACGACGAGGAGAGGCGGUUCAUGGUGCUACUGUACGUGCCGAGAGCCCGAUCGACGGAGGAGGUCACCCGCCUGCUCAAGGUGAGCUGCACCUACCGGGACGCCGCGACGGGGAACGAGGCCCACGUCGCCGCGCCCGCCGCGGUGAUCCAGAGGCCGCUGGAGCUGACGUACAUGCCUCCUCCGUCCAUGGAGGUGGAGCGGGAGCGCGUCCGCCUCGCGGCGACCGAAGGCAUCGCCGCAGCACGCGCAGCCGCUGACGGCGGGCAGCACUCCGGCGCCGCGUGGAUCCUGGAGUCCAAGCUGAAGGCCGUGGAGCAGUCGGCGCCGGGGGCGGCAGGCGACCCUGCAUUAGAGGCGCUCAAGGAGGAGCUGCGCGACCUCAGCUUAAGCGUGGGCGACCGGAGGAAGUACGAGCAGACGGGGCGCGCGCGCCUGCUGGCCGGCAUGAGCUCGCACGCGCAGCAGCGCGCCUCGGCGAUGGGGAUGGACGUGCAGUCGACGAGCAAGGCUAGGGCACUCCGAAGAUGGAGGAAAUGGUGGAGAUGUCGCGUGAGAGCAGGAAGAAGCGUGGCAAUGGCAACAACCAGCAGGCAGACGGCACAUCGAGGCUGGCUAAGCAGGUCAAGGUAG